AUGAGUGUCUCUACACUGAGCACCCCCAGAGCCCUGGGCGGUGUCUCUGGGCUCCUGCAGGUGGCCUCCCUGCUCGGCCUGGUUCUGCUUCUGCUCAAGGCAGCACAGCUCUACCUGCACAGACAGUGGCUGCUCAAAGCCCUCCAGCAGUUCCCGUCUCCUCCUUCCCACUGGCUCUAUGGGCACAUGCAGGAGUUCCAAGACGAGACCGAGCUGCGACCCCUACUGAAGAGGGUAGAGAAAUACCCAAGUGCCUGUGCUCGCUGGCUGUGGGGGACGAAAGCCCUGGUGUUGAUCUAUGACCCUGACUACAUGAAGGUGGUCCUGGGGAGAUCAGACCCAAAGUCUCACGAUGCCUACAGAAUGCUGAUCCCCUGGAUUGGGAAAGGUUUGCUCGUGUUGGAGGGGCAGACGUGGUUCCAGCACCGGCGGAUGCUGACCCCAGCCUUCCACUACGACAUCCUGAAGCCCUACGUGGGUCUCAUGGCCGACUCUGUCCGAGUGAUGCUGGACAAGUGGGAGGAGCUCGUCAGCCUGGACUCACAUCUGGAGGUCCUCGGACACGUCUCCUUGAUGACCCUGGACACCAUCAUGAAGUGCGCCUUCAGCCACCAGGGCAGCAUCCAGACAGACAGGAACAUCCAGUCCUACAUCCAGGCCAUCAAGGACCUCGGCAAUCUGACUUUUUCCCGAUUAAGAAAUGCUUCCCACCAGAGCGACAUCAUCUACAGGCUGAGCCCUGAAGGCCGCUGGAGCCACCGCGCCUGCCAGCUCGCCCAUCGGCACACAGAUGGAGUGAUCAAGAUGAGGAAGGCUCACCUGCAGAAGGAGGGAGAGCUGGAGAAGGUGAGGAGCAAGAGGCACCUGGAUUUCCUGGACAUCCUCCUCUUCGCCAGAAUGGAGAAUGGGAGCAGCUUGUCUGACAGGGAGCUCCGUGCCGAAGUGGACACGUUCAUGUUUGAGGGUCACGACACCACAGCCAGUGGCAUCUCCUGGACCCUCUAUGCUCUGGCCUGCCACCCUGAGCAUCAGCAGAGGUGCCGGGAAGAGAUCCAGAGCCUCCUGGGGGAUGGCGCAUCCAUCACCUGGGACCACCUGGACAAGAUGCCCUACACCACCAUGUGCAUCAAGGAGGCACUGCGACUCUAUCCACCAGUGCCAUUCAUUGGCAGAUAUCUGAGCAAGCCCAUCACCUUCCCUGAUGGACGCUCCUUACCUGCAGGAAUCCCACUCUCCCUCUCCUUUUAUGGGCUUCACCACAACCCGAAGGUGUGGCCGAAACCAGAGGUGUUUGACCCAUCCCGGUUUGCACCAGGUUCUGAUCGACACAGCCAUGCUUUCCUGCCCUUCUCAGGAGGAUCCAGGAACUGCAUCGGGAAGCAGUUUGCCAUGAAUGAGAUGAAGGUGGCCGUGGCCCUGACCUUGCUUCGCUUUGAGCUGGCAUCCGAUCCCUCCAGGGUCCCUGUUCCCAUUCCAAGAGUUGUGCUGAAGCCCAAGAAUGGGAUCCACUUGCAGCUCAGGAAGCUCCUGUAA